AAGAGACUGUAUAUCUACAAACCCAGACUCCUUCUCUCUCUCCCCUAAAAGAAAUCCUCAGUAUUUUUUUCCGCAUCCAUCUGUAUGUAUAUUUUGCUUGAUUGAUUGAUAAUUGCACGGCUGCUGGGCGGCUACGGCGGAUCGAAAGCAACCAAGAAAGCCACCAGAGCCUACCCAACCCAUUAAACUGCUUACUCUCACUGUUCUUGUGAUUGGGGGAGGGUGGCUAGUCCUACUUAAAAUGGUUGGAUGGCAAAUCUGUCCAAUAAGAUUGGGCGGCUAAUACGCCACUGAGGGACCUGCCGACAACAACGCCACUUUGUCCUUUCGUCAUCGCAUCGUGAAACCCAAUGCCCUGGCGAUUUGAACGCUGUCAAUUCUCGUAUUCCACGUGCUUGGAAGGUACUCGUGGAUAAAAGUAGCGCCGCGCCGUUGUCAAUCACUUCCACGGUUCAAGACUAACCCCUCUAGAUAGCCAUAAUGUCCACCUCCCGCGAAGAUUCCGUCUAUUUGGCUAAGCUCGCCGAGCAAGCCGAACGUUACGAAGAAAUGGUCGAAAACAUGAAGGCCGUUGCCUCUUCCGGCCAGGAGCUCUCCGUUGAAGAACGUAACUUGUUGUCUGUUGCCUACAAGAACGUUAUUGGUGCCCGCCGUGCCUCCUGGAGAAUUGUCUCCUCCAUCGAGCAGAAGGAAGACUCCAAGGGUAAUGAGGCCCAGGUCUCUUUGAUCCGCGACUACCGCUCCAAGAUCGAGGCGGAGUUGUCCAAGAUCUGCGAAGACAUCUUGUCUGUUUUGACCGACCACCUCAUCCCAUCUGCCCAGUCAGGCGAAUCCAAGGUCUUCUACUACAAGAUGAAGGGUGACUACCACAGAUACUUGGCCGAGUUUGCCAUCUCUGAGAAGCGUAAGGACGCCGCCGACUUGUCUUUGGAGGCCUACAAGGCUGCCUCUGACGUUGCUGUCACCGAGUUGCCACCAACCCACCCAAUCCGUUUGGGGUUGGCUUUGAACUUUUCCGUCUUUUACUACGAAAUCUUGAACUCCCCAGACCGUGCCUGCCACUUGGCCAAGCAGGCCUUCGACGAUGCCAUCGCCGAGUUGGACACCUUGUCUGAAGAAUCCUACAAAGACUCCACCUUGAUCAUGCAAUUGUUGCGUGACAACUUGACCUUGUGGACUUCUGACAUGUCUGAGUCCGGUCAGGACGAGUCUGCUCAUGCGCCAGCUGAAGACAAGUCCGAGGCUAAGCCUGAACAAGAGUAAAUUUCGAAUACAUAUGUCUAUUAAACAAAAUCCAAAAAAAAAAAAGCAACCCCUUCCAGGAAUUGGAAAAGUGGUUCGCUUUUUCAUCCAUGCAAAUGGAAUGGGCGGUCCCCGUC